UAAAAGAGGAAAAGUGAGAGGAGUUCAUAGCCACACAAUCGAGUCCACUUGUCGGGCCAUUGGACAAGGACAUGUCGCUCAAACUGCGAACCCAUAUCCACAACGGGACCUGGUUAACCAGAAAAAAAGAUCCACCAUGAAAUCUCCACCUGUGGACUAGAACCUCACUACGUGCACACGCUCAAAUCCUCCCCUCUCUCAUCUCCUCACUCCUGGCAACCAGUCCACCGUCCCCACUUCCCAAUUCCCACAUUGCCAUUGCCAUUCAUUCACCCAACUCCUCUUCCACUGAACAAAUACAAACACAAACACAAACACAAACACAAACAUCUCUGAUAUCAAGUUAUCAACAACAACAACAAGUAGUAGUAAUAGUGAAAGAUGAGCCAGUGUGUGCCUACUUGUGACACGGAUGAUCCUCCAAACAUGACCGCCAAUGCACCACCAACUCUACUCCACCAUCACCACCACCAGCAUCACCCUUCCAACCGCCCACACGUCUCCUCGGAGUACGAAGUGGCCGAGUUAACAUGGGAGAACGGCAACGUGGCUAUGCAUGGCCUCGGCCACGCGCGCAUCAGCAAGCCCAUCGCUAAAUACCCGUCGACCACUGGCUCGACCGUGGGAUGGGAUAAACAGCACCAAAGCGGCACGCUUGAGUCCAUUGUCGACCAGGCCACUAACAACCAAAUCCAAGUUUCGUCACCUGGGCACCCGAGUUUCAUGUCCUGGCUCGGUGGUGCUCAUCCUCAUGUGGCUGCUUCCGGAGUGGACGCGCUUGUUCCUAGUUCUAACUCUUUUGGCCACCGCGCUGUGGAGGCUUCUGACCAGGUUCCGAAUUUACCAUCGGUGGACGGGUCGAGCGCGGGAGGUGGUGGGAGAGGAAGGAAGAGGACAAGAGGAGGGGAGGGUGUGUGGGGGUGUCCGAGCCAGGGUAGUGUUGCGCCGACAGUGAUGACGCUUGAUGAUACUUGUGAGUUCUACGGCGGUGAGGAUGUGGGUUUCACUACAACGUCUUCCCCGGAUGGAGAAGCAGAUGAUGGAGGUGGAUUGCCGGACACUGAGAACACUAGUCUCGGCGGCCAUGAUUCCUUUUGCCAGAGCAAGAGGUCACAGAGAGAUGCAGUGGCUGAUGAAGAGGGUGAGAAGGUGAACAAGGGGGAAUUAGGGAUGUCCUCACUAUCUACAAAGCGUAGCAGAGCAGCAGCUAUUCAUAAUCAGUCAGAACGAAAAAGAAGAGAUCGGAUAAACGAGAAAAUGAGAACACUUCAAAAGCUAGUUCCAAACUCAAGCAAGACUGAUAAAGCAUCAAUGCUGGAUGAAGUAAUAGACUACUUGAAGCAGCUGCAAGCUCAGGUGCAGAUGAUGAACAGGAUGAGUGGCUUCCCCCAGAUGAUGAUGCCCAUGGCAAUGCCACAGCUCCAAAUGUCUUUAAUGGCCAACAUGGCUCACAUGGCUCAAAUGACUCAGAUGGGCUUGGGAAUGGGGAUGGGCAUGGGCAUGAUGGACAUGGCCGCCAUCAACCGGGCUGGACACCCUGCUAUUCCACCACUCCUCCACCCGUCGGCUUUUGCAUCUCUCGCCGCCGGAGGCUCUUGGGAGGCCUCUGGUGAUCGAAUGCAGCCACCCGGUGCCCCAGUCCCCAUGGACUCUUUAUCAGCUUUCAUGGCUCACCCAUCACAGCCAAUGAGCAUGGAUGCUUAUAGCAAGAUGGCUGCCCUGUAUCAACGUCUAUACCAGCAGCAACAGCACCUGCAGCAGCAGCAGCAACAGGACCAGCAGCAGCAGCAGCACCUGCAGCAGCAGCAGCAGCAGCAGCAAAGCAAUCCGAAGAGGACUAUUUAAUGACUUUUAGAAGAACAAUUGCUAACUACCGUCACUUGAGAGAUUUCUGUACAAAUAGUAUCAUGCUGUGUGUUUUUUAUUAAUUUUCUAGAUGAUAAAAAAUUUUCACUGUAAUUUGUCUUUCCAUUCACACAAUGUUUUUGUGACAAAUUCAAACUAUUGGUUUGCUUAUAAUUGGUUGGAAGCCAA